AUGGCCCUUCGAGUUGAUGAUGUCUCCAAAAUUGAUGCUUCAAAAGAUACAUGGACCAUCGUUGUGAAGGUUAUUCAGCUGUGGUUAACACCUAGCUACUCUGGUUCCAAGCUUCCUUCAUCCUUGGAAAUGGUUUUAAUGGAUUCAAAGGGUUUCAAAAUACAUGCUACCAUUAGGCGAACCUUGGUUUACCGAUUCCAAAAUCAGAUCUCUGAGGGCCGUGUGUAUCAGAUGUCCUUUUUUGGUGUUUGUGAAAACGGAGGUGAUUUCAGGACGACCUGCCAUCCUUACAAGAUAAAUUUCCAGAUGCAUUCCAUUGUUAGGGUCAUGGCUAACACCUCCAUUUCCGGAAAGCCUUUCUCCUUCAUGGCUUUGUCUGAUGUUGUGUUCAAAGAACCAGACACAUCCUUUCUUAUUGGUAUCCUAACUGGCUCAUCUGGGGAGCAGGAGUUUGAAAAACAUGGUAAAGUUCAAAAGAGGAUUACACUUGAAAUUGAUCAAGAUGGAGUUCGUGUUGAGGCAGCUUUUUUUGGGAAAUAUGUUGAUGAAAUCGUUAGGUAG